AUGGCAGAAAAAUAUGGCGACAGCGAAGUAGAGGAUAAAUGCCGCGAAAAGAUAAGAACAGUUUUCCAGUCUCUUGGUGAAUAUGUCAAGGCUAAAGAAUAUUACGAAACAGCACUCGCAAUCGCCGAAAAAAAUGGCGAUUGGGAAACAGAAGCGACAUGUUGUGAAAGGCUGGGAAGUGUAUUUCAGUUUGUCGGUGAAUAUAUCAAGGCCAAACAAUAUUACGAAAAGGCAGUUGCAAUAGUAGAAAAAAAUAGAAACAAGAGAACGGAAGCUGCAUGCCAUGGAUUCCUAGGAGUAGAAUCUCAAUCCAUUGAUGGCGAGGAUGUAAAAACUAAAAAAGAUAGCGAAAAAUUUCUUACAGCCGCAGAAACAUUUCGCGACAAGAAAACAGAAUUUACGCUACAUGAAAAACUUGGAAACAUCUUUGAAUCUUUCGGUAAAGCUAUCAAGGCUAAUGAGUGUAAGAAUAUUGAAGAAAGCAGAGGUUACAGCCUCCUAGGAGCAUGUUUUGCGGUGUUCGGUGAUAGUACCACGUCUAAACAGUAUUUCGAUGAAGCGCUCAGAUUGUGCAGAAAAAAAGAGGACAAAGAAAGCGAGUCAUUCUGUCACUACCUUAUGUCAUUCUCCAUGGCGGAAGAAGGAAACAAUGCUGAAGCUAAAUCACAUUUCUUUGCCAUUAUUGAUAAAAGUGAGUUUAUUCAACAUUUCUUCCAAGAUCAUGACCAACUGAAGGUAUUGCUUUUCGAAAGUUUCGUUAAAAACUACCGUCAUCUCAGUCAUAUCCUAUGUGUUUGUUCAGAUAAUCUUUAUCUGGCUUUUUACGUGGAAGAGUUUGGGCGAGCAAGAGCUCUUGUGGACCUUAUGUUAUCUCAGUACUCUGUAAAAAACGAAAUAUCAGCCAAUUUACAGACAUGGGGUGAUCUUGAAAAGAUUGUGAUGAAAGAAAGAAACUGCGUGUGGCUAUUCUUUUCAUACUAUGAGACAUUUAUUAAGUGCUGGCUUCUUAGAGCAAACAAACCUUUUCUACGCCUACGAAUGUUAAACGUUCCUGACGGCCUGUUCGGCAAAGUAUCACUGGUACAAGGUAGGUCUAUAAAGUCAGCCCUUGCUCGCCCCAUGAUGGACGAAGAUGAAGACCCGUCGCUCAGCACCCCCUUAAAUACGGCUUACCAGAUUUUAAUCGCUCCCAUUGCUGACUUUCUUGACGAAUCCGAAAUUGUCAUUGUUCCUGAUCGCCACCUUUUCACAGUUCCAUUUGCAGCGCUAGAGGACGAAGAAGGAAGGUCUUUAUCAGAGUCUUUCAGGAUCCGCAUCGUUCCCUCUUUGACGACUCUCAAGCUCAUUCGGGACAGUCCAACAGACUAUCACAGUCAGACUGGCGCACUGAUAGUGGGGGACCCCCAUGUUGGUGAGGUGUUGUACAAGGGAAAUCUUCAGCACAUAUCGAGACUGUCUUUUGCAAACAGGGAAGCAGAAAUGAUUGGAAAACUUCUCCGUACUCAACCUCUGCUUGGGAAAGAAGCAACAAAACAGAUGGUUCUUCAAAGGAUAAAUUCAGCAUCUCUGAUACACUUUGCUUGUCAUGGCAAGGCAGAAAGGGGAGAAAUUGUUCUUGCCCCUCCGCCCCUCACUGAUAGGACACCUAGAGAAGAAGACUAUUUACUGACGAUGGGUGACAUUUCCAAAGUUCCAGUGCGAGCUAGACUGGUGGUCCUUAGUUGCUGUCACAGUGCAAGCGGGCAGAUCUGUUCAGAGGGAGUGGUUGGAAUUGCUCGAGCCUUCUUAGGAUCUGGUGCACGCUCCGUGUUGGUGACACUGUGGGCCAUAGAAGACGAAGCACCACAGGCGCUCAUGAGUCGUUUCUACGAGCAUUGUGCUCGUGGGGAAAAUGCCAGUGAAUCUCUUCGUCAGGCCAUGAAGUGGAUGAGAGAAAACGGUUGGUCCAAAGUGUCGCAAUGGGCGCCAUUUAUGCUGAUUGGAGAUAAUGUGACGCUCGAUUUUCAGAAAUUAAGGUCAGGAAAAAAAUAA